UUCCGAACGUCUACUCGCCAGUGUCGGUUCUCGUGGACAGCGUUUUGGGGAUUUCUGAGAGGUCGCCGGUGGUUGGGUUUUUGAACUGAAGGUCCGAGAGGACUCCUUUCACCCGGUGGCGGAUUUGAAUGACAAAGGGACGAACUGGGAGUUAAAAAGACGCGAAUUUGCAGGAUGGAAAAUCUCUCUCUUCUACUCUUGUUUUUAUCGAUGGGUGUAUCCCAUGCCAGGGUGGUGUCUCUGUCCCCUGGCCCUCUGCUCCGUGUGGAGGGCCAACCUGUCUCACUGCGCUGUGAUGUCACUGACUACGAGGGGCCCAGGGAGCAGGAUUUUGAUUGGACCAUGCAGCAGGGGGGGGCGGGGCCUAUCCAUGUAAUCUCUACCUUUGAACCAAAGUACUCGGACGUGUCGCUAAGCGACCGGGUGGCCAGUGGUGACCUGAGCGUGGUGCGGCUGGGGGACAGCGUGGUGGAGCUGAGGAUACGGGAAGUGAGGUCUUCAGACAGCGCCACGUACCUCUGCAGUACACCCAGUACGGACUCUGUCUUCAGCGGGAACUACGACGCAAGGGUGACGCUCAAAGUCAUUGCUAACACCCUGAAGGUGGCCCCAGAGGCCCCAGAGCCCGUGGUCCCCGAGGGUGGCGACGUCACCCUCUCCUGCAACGUCACCCGCCACUUCACUGAUCCCACCUACCUGUCCGUCACCUGGUCGCUACGGAGACCAGGUAUCCCAUUGGUGGACAUCCUGACCGUUGGCCCAGAUGGGGAUGUGGUCACAGGAAGUGGUUCCGCCCAGCGCUACGCUGACGGAGGGCUCCGAUUGGCUAUUCGCAGAGAUGGGGCGUUUGGAUUGGUUGUUGCCGGGGUGACGCAGGCUGAUGCAGGGAUGUACGUGUGCACGGGGAGGGAAUGGAUUCACGAGGAAGGGGGUCAGUGGAAGAACAUCGUGGAGAAGACUGUGGAGAUGGGAGCUGUGGCAGUCACACCUACAGCUCGUUCCCUGUCUGUCAUGGCCAAGUCAAACACCACGCUCAACAUGGACGACACCCUGACCCUCACCUGCCUGGUCUCCGCCGGCAACUUGGCCUCCCUGGCCCUGGAGGUCACCUGGCUUGUGGACGGACGCACAGCGGUCAGCCUGGGCCGUGACGGGGUGGUCUCAAACGGGUCCCCCUCGGUGGGGCUGGAGCGUACGGGGCCAGGGGAGUUUAGGCUGGUGGUGUGGGGGGUAAGGGGGUCUGACAAGGGGAUGUACUCCUGUAGGGUCCGGGCCUGGGUCGGAGGUGGAAGAUGGUACCAGGCUGCAGAGAAGACCUCCAACCCAGUACAAGUUCUAGUCACACAGAUCAAGCCUAAUUUCGCAGUGACCCUUACCCCCUCGUCGACCCCGCAGGUCACAGGUGACCCCACAGAGCUGGCGUGUCAUGUGACCAACAUCACCCACUUCCUUGCAGGGGGCCGACUGGGCGUGGCCUGGGAGUACACACCACUUCCUGGUCCACCAGGCGACCGCCUGACAACCACACAGACCACCCUCCCUAUUGGUUCCCUGGAUGCCCACGGCAACCUGAAGUCUGGGACGCUGUACCGUGAUAGGUUGGAGUCUGGUGCCAUCCUUCUGACCCGAGUAGAGCCGGAUACAUUCAAGCUCCGCUUCUUACGCACACAGGAGGUGGACAUGGGGGCGUAUGCGUGCAGUGUGACAGCGUGGACUCCAUCUAGGCAGGGUGGAAUGGAGGAGGCAGCAGAGUUCCUCACCCCCCCUCUGACCGUCCGAUGGGAACCCAAACGUCCGUCUCUAACCGCCGUGGCACAGCGUGUGCGUGAGGCGGUGGCGGGCGGAGCCACCUUUGAGAUGAGCUGUACCAUAUCCCAUGUGCACUUGCAGGACCCGGGCUACUCUGUGCUGGUGCAGACUCAGGAGAGCGUGGACUCUGCCACCAGAACCGUCAUCUCUCUCAGUCCUGACUCUGUACUACAACAUGGAGGGGUUACAGACCCUAACCGCAGGGACAGCCUGGUUCUGACUAAGACGGGUCCGGCUGAGUUCCGCUUCCGUCUGGCCGGAGUGCAGCAGGCUGACAGGGGCUUCUACUGGUGUGACAUCACCGCCUGGACCAAACAACCAGGCCAGGCCUGGACCAAAGCUGUCAGCGCCAAGUCCAACAAGGUCCAGAUCAACUUCCAGGAGACUGGCCCCUCGUUCGCUGUGGCCAUCCGCUCUGACACCACCACUCUGUAUCCCUGGGAGACCGCCAAGAUGGUGUGUGCCCUCAGCGUCUCUGGAGCAUCCCCCAAGUCAGAUGACCUGUCCUACGAGGUACGUUGGUACCUCACGCGGCUGAGAGGGGGGAACAAAGGCACCCUACUGGCCAGCGUGGACCGCUUCGGUCUGGUCAAGAAGGAGGCGCGCAACGCCAGCAGUGACGUGUCCCUGGAGCGCACAGACACACACACCUACGCCCUGAACAUCCACGCCACCCAGGACAGCGACAGCGGGGAGUACCACUGCCAGGCCACGCCCUGGUACCUGUCUGCCUCCACAGGGGCCUGGACACACGGGGCAGAACUCACCUCUACCAGGGUGUUCCUCACUGUACGAUUCCCCAUGUGGGACUCUCUGAAGCUGCCUCUGCUGUACGGUUCUGUAGCCUCUGUGUCCGUGGGGCUCUUCUCUCUCCUCCUGGGUUUCAUCUGUGCCCACUGCUGCUGCCGCAACACCACACACACACCCCGCACACGCAACAAACUCAUAGACCUGGAGAUGGAUUGACUAGCACAGGCCCGCUGGAGCGACCACCGCUUCUCCAGCUGAUGAACUACGAGCACGCGCACGUUACCGCGCCGGCACAUUACCACGGCAAUGGCAGACAAUUGACCAAUCACAGCCCUUCGGGUGCGCUCCGUGGAGCUUUUAAGCGCACCAACGGGAGAGGAGGAGAGACAAUAGGACAUUUACUGUGGAGCUGUAGAGGGGAAAAACACUGAACUGAACAAACUGCUAAAGAAGAGUGCAGGAUAUCUAGUCUGCCUAUGUGAACGUAUUGAUGUUAGGUAUUGCACAAAACAGCCCUGGAGUAUUCCUACCUUAGUGGACUUUCUCUACGUUUGUCCUCAACUAGUUUUUGAAAUGAGACUGCUUUUAAAUGGAGAUGUGUGUGUAUACUAUAUUUGUGUGGUUUGCCACACCUGAGGCUGGGAAAGAGCCGCUCUACCCGUUUUGUCCUGCCCUAUUCAUGGUGUGAUGUCAUAUCCUGGUGUGAUGUCAUUUCAGUGACUCAACAGCAACUAGCCAGGUUCCCCAGUGAACGUUGAUGACCUUAGAGGCUCUCCUCGAGAGAGUGAAUGACACUAAGGACCCAGACCUCACCUGCUGUAACCCCCUACACUGACACUGGUGCUACCCCCACUGUGAAUGACAUUGAUGUUAUGUUGUGCCUAGGGUUUAUAUGGGGCAGGUUGAAGAGCAAGCUGGCCAUUAAGAGAAUGGACUAAUGAUUGUAACUGAGAGGAGUGGUAUGAUAUGGACUGACACAGUCAGAGGGAGAGAUCGUUUAUAUAUUUACAUUUACAUUUAAGUCAUUUAGCAGACGAUCUUAUCCAGAGCGACUUACAAAUUGGAAAGUUCAUACAUAUUCAUCCUGGUCCCCCCGUGGGAAAUGAACCCACAACCCUGGCGUUGCAAGCGCCAUGCUCUACCAACUGAGCCACACGGGACCAUAUAGGUAGCAUACUGGAUUAAUGCGUGGAACCAGCUGGAACCUGCAGUCCUCCACACACUAUCCCAGCCAAUGCCUGACUCUAGCUGAAGGAGUCCCAAAGUGGCUUCCUCGUCUCCUCUCCUUCAUCUGCACUGAUCAAUAAACACAGGAUGGAUCUAAGCAAUAUAAUGGUUGAAGCCUACCCGUUUCAUUCACAUCAGUGCAGAUUAAGUGAAGAAGACGGGACGAGGAAGCCAGAGCAUGGAGAUACACCCGUGGAAUGCAAUGGAGAAGGAUUAGAGAAAGAACUGUUAACAAACCCAUUCCUGAAAGGAACCUCCAUGUCACCUCCCAGUUUAGUAGGGCCCAGUCCUUAGGGAGUCUUCUUCCCCUGUCUCUGGUACAGUACAAUACACUCCAUAUACUGCCAACACUCAACAUACUGACAUGCACAACAACAGUUAAACACACACUGCUUGAUCGAGCACUCCUCUUACCCAAUGCCAUGUACCCCAACAUCUACAAAUAAAAUCACACUCCUCGCGCACACACACAACCCUACACACACACUGUCCUGUAUACACACUGCCAAUGUAACCCUGUGUGAAUGCACAUCUUGUGAGGCACCAGCUGUAUCUAGGUUCUGGCCAGGUACCAACUGGGGCUUUGGCUCUGGGAUCUGACCUGGUUUAACUCACUAGCGCCACCGACGGGAGAAGAGCUGCUGUGUGCCGAUCAAUAAACCAGGGCCCUGUUAAAAUACUUAGAAAUUGCAUCCUUCCUAAUCUGACAUGACUGGAUUGGUGAAAGAUGUGUAGUGGAACCCUGGUUUACAGCUGCCAUACAUCUGUAUGAGAUCAGACAUGUACUUGAAGGAAAGAGUUGCAUUUUAUAGUAUUGGUAUCAGGCCUCGAGCUGUCCCACUGUGUGGGUGAAAGGUAUCCCUAAGCACUGACCCAAGGUCUGUUCUGUGUGCAACCUCGUAAUUAUUUAGUUCAGGUUUGGACUUGGGGAAGCUGAUCCGAGAUCUAUUCGAAGAACCUCCUUAAAGUCUAGAACCACAGACAGAUAGGACAACCGCCAACACAAAACACUGCAAGUUCUUUUUAAAGAUCCUUACUGUCAUUUUAUUUUUUGUAAUUUGAAAUAGAUUUCUAAGUCUUUUUGUAAAUGAUUGUAAAGCCCAAUAUGGAUUUUUAUCUGACAUGAAUAUCUUAUUCUGUGCCGAUGUUUCUCUGGGUAACGAUCAAUCAGGGUUUUUUAUGAUUCGCCUCUGCUUCCAGGCCUCUGAAAAACUUCAAAUAUUUCUGCCAGAAUAAAUGUUUUAUAACAGUA